AUGAUUAACAACACCGACGCCGUUCGCAUCAUCGACAGCAAGCGCGACGACGCCGUAAUCAUCCCCACCAUGAACGCCGGCAACGUCAGCUUCGGAUUGCCCACCGUAACCACUAACGAGAACCUCGACCUCCCCAUCUCCGGCGCAAUGGGCAAGGCCAGCAACGUCGGCCUGGGCGUCGCCCUGGCCCAGCCUGGCCGCAAGGUGUUCGUCCUCGACGGCGACGGCAGCCUCCUCAUGAACUUGGGCUCUCUGGUUACCACCUCCACCAAGCAGCCCAAAAAUUUCUACCACUUCCUGUUCAACAACGGCGUCUAUGCAGUUACCGGCGGCCAGCCCAUCCCCGGCUCGGAUGGCGUCACCGACUGGACCGAAGUCGCAAAAGGGGCGGGUUACGCCGCCGUCUUCUCCUACGACAACCUUGAAGACCUUACCAACGGCAUCGACGAAGCCCUCGCUGCCGAGGGCCCCGUCUUCAUCCACCUGGUGGUAGAACCGGAAAUCGAGAACACCCCCGUCCAGUUCCGCGUGCGCGGCACCCGCAGCGCCCAACAAGCCUACUCCGAAGUAACCUCCGCCCUCUCCGCCGACUAA